AUGGAAAGUAACAUUUCCGUAAAAAGAUAUGGCCUGAAAAAAGGGCCAUGGACACCUGAGGAAGACAGGAUUCUUGUAGAUUACAUUCAGAAACAUGGUCAUAGCAAAUGGAAAUCAGUACCAGCUUUAGCUGGUUUAAACAGGUGUGGAAAAAGUUGCAGGCUUCGAUGGACUAAUUAUUUGAGACCUAAUAUUAAGAGAGGCAAUUUUUCUAGUGAAGAAGAGCAACUCAUCAUUGAUCUUCAUGCACUUAUGGGCAACAAGUGGUCUGCAAUAGCAAGACAUCUCCCUGGAAGAACAGAUAACGAGGUUAAAAAUCUAUGGAACUCACGUUUGAAGAGGAAGCUUAUACAAAUGGGGAUCGAUCCAAUAACUCACGAACCAUUAACUGAUCCCAGGUUACACCAGUUGCUUGCUGCUGCUAGCUUUAGUAACCUCAUUAACAAUCCAUUAGACAUCGUCAAUGCCCUUAUGUUACAAUCAGAUGCUGUUGCAACACUUGCUAAAUCACUCCAUUUGUCUCAUAACAUGCUUCAAGCUCUAGCUAGUACCCCUACAACAAUGGCUUCUCAAGACCCAACAAAAGCUUGUUCCACUAGCAAUGAAUAUCAAUUUGGUUCUUCUUCGUCAUCACUGCCUGUUAAUGUUCCAAAUUUGGAUACUACUCCUCAGCCUAUUCCUCCGAUGGCUCCUAGACCGACUAUUGUAGAUGAUCACCAUGAAACCAACAACAUCACUAACCCUUCUUCAACUACCUUGCAAGAAUGGGAUGAUUUUAUGGAUGGUGGUGAAGCAAGUGAACCUUAUUGGAGGGAUAUUAUAGAGUGA